AUGGCAGGCUGCAGACCAACUUCGUCAACGCAGAAGCUCAACAUCCUGUCACUGAACUGCUGGGGCCUCAAGUUCAUAGCUAAGCACCGCAACGCCCGGCUUCAGGAAAUUGGAACGCAAAUAGCCAACGCAGAGCCACAACCGGACAUCGUUGGACUACAAGAAUGCUGGACACAGCAAGACUACCUGGCCAUCCGUGAAAGGACGCGGCAUAUACUACCGUACGGGAAAUUCUACCACAGUGGCAUAUUCGGCGGCGGCCUGGUGAUCCUGUCACGAUGGCCGAUCGAGGAAAGCAGCAUGAUGCGAUACCCGCUCAACGGACGGCCAGCCGCUUUCUACCGUGGAGACUGGUUUGUAGGAAAGGGUGUUGCGUGUGCGAGGAUCAGGAUGGGAGCUGGCAAACGCGAUAUUGCCGAAGUAUUCACCACUCAUCUUCAUGCACCUUAUGAGCGUGAGCCUCACGACUCGUACAUCUGUCACCGUACAGCCCAAGCCUGGGAGAUUGCAAAGUUGAUGCGCGGCGCGGCCGAACGAGGCCACCUUGUUAUUGCAUUGGGCGACUUUAACAUGAUACCACUAUCACUAGCUCACCAACUUAUCGAAGCGCACUCCGGAUGCCGUGAUGUGUGGAGGCUGAUACACCCCGACUCCUCCAUCGGCGCAGCAGUAGACGGUGUUGAGAUGGCUCGAGGGGUCCCUACACCGUCUGCAGAGUUCAACAUCACCACAAACGGCGCGACGUGUGACUCCAUUCUCAACACUUGGCGCUGGGACUCGGCACGGCAGAAGGAUCUCGACAAAGGGAGGAAUCAUCACGUCGAUGCUAGUCUGGAGGACCCUCGCGCCAAACGACUUGACUACAUAUUCUUCUCCAGCGGCGGCCAGACACCCAAGCCUAGCAGUGCAUCGUCCACGGGCAUGUCCACCGAAUGGACGCUCGAGUCAGCUCAGGUUGGCAUGACGGGUCGACAUCCAGACCUUCACUGCAGCCUCAGUGACCACUUCUCUGUCGAAUGCACCUUGACACGACUGACGCCCUCCUCGCCAGACGACGCAGUGCUGGGUGCACCUGAAACCUCAAGCGUAGGUCAAUACCUACCGCCAAGCACAUACGACGACAUACUGGAAAUGACGCACAAGUACAUGCGGCGCGAACAGAUCCAACGCAAGCUGCGACUGGGACACAUGGGCUACCAGCUUCUGCUCUCGAUCGGCUGCCACAUUGGAGUGUGGUGGGCACCGUAUCCGUUUGUGGCGUUUAUCUUGAUGCUCGUCAGUACGGUGGGGCUAUCUGUUGGGAUCAUAGAUGGGCUGAUGGGAGGACUGUUUAUCGGGAGUGAGAUGAGGGCGCUCAAGGAAUUCGAGUGGGAGGUGCAGACGGCGCGAGGACUUGCUGAGGUGGAGCGGGAACAGAGGAGCAGGAGCGGGCAGGGUGGGGAGGAAGGGAUUGGGUUUCAGGGUGGAGAGGAUGGGAUAAAGUUUCAUGGUGGAGCGGAAUCCUAG